AUGUUGAUCGUCCUUGAGUCUCUGGAGCACGACUUGAUGGAGUGGGAACACGACAUACCAUGGAAUUUCUGCAUGCGCGGCCGAUUCGGACCACCAGCGACGAAACAGUCGUUGAUGACCGUUCGACAGCGCAGGAUGCUCGGCCUCAGCCGUUUUCACCUCAGUUCAUUGAUGUACAGGCCCUUCGUUGGCUCAGAAUUGACGUCCGUGCGCGAACGGGAAUUCUGUUUUCGCAUGUCUGAGAUGCACGCUCAGGACAUGAUGGCCCUAUUCAAAGAGCCUCAUCGCAGCGGGCGUCAUAUUUUGAAUGAGUUUCCCUGGUGGCAGAUGACGCCGUAUUUGAUCCACGCCAGCUCUUUGUUCUUUGUCUCGGGGAUAUACCCCCGGUAG